AUGGCGUCCUCACAGGAUGAUCUGAAGUCUGAUGACUCUUAUGCUUCUGAUUCCUCAGAAGACAACCAGAUCGAUGCGCAAGACCGAGCUUCCAAGCGGCGCCGUCUCUCCGAGUCCUCGACCGACUCUUAUGUUGCGCCAGCACCUCUCCCCACUCUCUCUCGUAUUAAGAAGAAGGACGAUACGAAGAAGCCCGAGUUGAACGAUGAUGAGAACCCAGUCACAAUUAAGGAUGCCCUUGAGAUUGGCUUACAGGCCGAGCAGUCCACUUUUGGUGCGCUGGAUGUCUCGCCAUGGCUUGUAGGAUCUUUGACUACUAUGGCUGUCCGGCGGCCUACAGCCAUUCAGAAGGCGUGUAUCCCUGAAAUUCUAAAGGGGCGUGAUUGCAUUGGUGGAAGUCGGACAGGUUCCGGAAAGACUAUUGCAUUUGCCGUUCCUAUUAUGCAAAAAUGGGCUAAGGAUCCCUUUGGAAUCUUUGCUCUGGUAUUGACACCGACGAGAGAGCUUGCGCUACAAAUUUUCGAGCAGUUCAAGGCUAUCUCGGCGCCACAGAGCAUGAAGCCUAUCCUUAUCACCGGUGGUACGGACAUGCGACAACAGGCAAUUGCUCUCGCCGAGCGUCCUCACGUCGUGAUCGCCACCCCCGGUCGACUUGCAGAUCACAUCAAAACCUCCGGUCAGGAUACAAUUGCCGGAUUGGGGCGUGUGAAGAUGGUGGUGAUGGAUGAAGCAGACCGACUGCUCACAGGCGGACAAGGCAGCAUGUUGCCAGACGUAGAAACCUGUCUAUCUGCUUUACCACCCUCAGCAGAACGCCAAACACUCCUUUUCACAGCUACCUUGACGGCCGAGGUCCGAGCCCUGCAGUCCAUGCCCCGCCCAGAAGGCAAGCCGCCUAUCUUUGUGACGGAAAUCGGCACCGAGAAUGAGGGCAAGAUCCCCCCCAACCCUGAAACAGACAUAUCUCAAAAAAACAUUUCCAAGCCUGUCAUCAUUUUCUGCAAUCAUACCAAGACUACCGAUCUGCUGGAGCGUACCCUCCGCCGCCUGGGCCACCGCGCCACCUCCCUGCACAGUCUUCUCCCCCAGUCCGAGCGCACAUCUAAUCUUGCACGGUUCCGCGCUGCUGCUGCUCGCGUCCUGGUCGCUACUGAUGUCGCAUCUCGUGGUCUCGAUAUUCCAAUCGUCAGCCUAGUUAUCAACUUCGACGUUCCCCGCAACCCAGAUGACUAUGUCCACCGUGUUGGUCGUACAGCCCGUGCUGGACGAGCCGGCGAGGCAGUCACAUUGGUUGGACAACGUGAUGUCGAGCUCAUCCUCGCCAUCGAAGCUCGGGUGGGUCGACAGAUGGAAGAGUGGGCCCAGGAGGGCGUCAACAUCGAAAGCCGUGUCGUGCGAACCAACGUCUUGAAGGAGGUUGGCUCGGCGAAGCGCGAGGCAAUGGGUGAGAUUGACGAAGGCCGCGAUGUAUUAGGCCGCAAGCGAAACAAGUUGAAGAAAGUCCGGUGA